AUGAAGCUUCUCGGAUCUAGCUUAUUGCUCUUGUUAGCAGUCCUUCCAGCUGGAUUUGCGCAAACGACAACUGAUGACCACGAUGGCCAUGCUCCAGCUCCUUCUCCAACCGAGAGUUCAGGUUGCGAGCCACAUGGCGACCACUGGCAUUGUACCGGGCCCCGUGUAGAUAGAGCCAUUACCACCGCUCCACCAACUUCAACGCCAGUCGCAACUGUAACUACGGACGACCAUGAUCACCAUACAGAUGACGAUGAUGAUGACCACGAUCAUACCGGGACCUUAGCCCCUAGUCCGACAGAAUCUGUUGGCUGCGAAGCGCACGGAGACCACUGGCACUGCGAAGGGCCUGUCGCCGUGACUACUACGGCGGCAAAGACCACAAGUCAUGACCAUGAAGAAGGUGAAGGCACUUUGGCCCCAAGUCCGACUGGAUCUGUAGGCUGCGAAGCCCAUGGAGAUCACUGGCACUGCGCGGGCCCACGAGAAGCAACUACCACCACCACCAGCGCUAGCCAUGGUACAGGGUCUGGCACUCUUGCUCCAAGCCCUGCUGAAUCCGUUGGCUGCGAGGCACAUGGCGACCACUGGCACUGCGAUGGUCCACGAACGACUAUUGCAAGCACAACAACUAGCACGCCUACAAACUCGACUCCUCCUGCAUUGACUAGUUCCCCAGCCGGUGGUGCAGGUGUGGCUCGCGCAACUGUUGUGGUUAUUGCUCCGCUUGCGGCCAUUAUUGGGUUGGCGUUGGCAUUGUAG